UUCAAGCUUUCACACCACACUUCGUUCAACUAACUUCUCCCGCAAAAAGGGGGCAAAAAAAAAACUUCCCUCCCACUCUUCUCCUUCCAUUUAAAUACCCCAAGCUUUCGAUUUCGUUCCUCACCAUCCCAACUGUCUCUAUCUCAAUUGGGUUUCCUUUAUUCCACAGCAGACAGAAGAACAAAAAAAAUGGCGGCGUUGACUUUCUUAUCAUUGGAGCUGAUAACCGAGGCAGCUUCAAAUCCAACGCUGGCUUUCUUCUUCUGCAAUCUGAUCAUCGUCACCAUCCUCUUCGCAUCGAAGCCUCCUCCUGCCGCCGGCGGAGGAAUUUGCUACGUGUCGUCGGUGGUGGGAGCUCCCUGCGUCGCCAUUUAUCAGCAGGAGGAGGAGAAGGUUGCCGCUGGCCAUGCUCUGCCGCCGAACGAUGAUAACAGAGCAUCCCCGUCCUCCGAAACUAAGGUCGAAAUGGCAAUCAGUACCCACCAAGAAGAAGAAGAUGAUGACCAUUGCGGUGGAAAUGGGGAAUGCAAUGGUGAUUAUGAUGAAUUUGAGGAGGAGGAGGAAGAGGAAGAAGACGAUGAUGAAUUGAGAAGGAAAGUUGAAGAGUUCAUUGAGAAGACAAACAAGGAAUGGAGGGCCGAAUUGCUCCGAACAUCACGGCGGCUGUGAAAAAAGAUACAAUUUUGGUCUUCAAGCUCGUUGAUUGCGUCGAUAAAUUCAGCCGACUGGAGUCUAUAACAGAUUCUCUUACGGCUACUGGCUAAACCUCUGUUUUCUUUCCCCCCAACCUUGUGAAAUGUCAAAUUUUGAAUGAUUACUGGCUGUAGAUCUUCAAUAAUUAUGUGAUAAUCAACUUUCUUAGUCUUAAUGUAACUUAAUUACCCUAAUGAAAAGUAUACAUCUUU